AUGAGUUGUGUUGGUGAAAUUGAAGAACACAACAGCAACUUGAGACAAAUUGACGGAUAUGUUUUGGGGAAGCUAAGAGAGUUGUGGAGGAUGAAAGGUGAAAGUAGCUCUGAUAUCCUCAUCCGCAGCUUUCAAGCAGUUGAAUGGAUAGAUAUACGAAGGUGUGAGAGGUUUCUAACCGUAUUCACACCGACCGUGGCCAAUUCUGAUGUGAGAAAACUUAUGAAUGUGAGUAUAGAUGGUACGAGACCUUUGGAAGCAAGCAAGAGAUACAUUGAAUGGGUUCAAAAAAGAAAGGAGAUUAAUGUUAUAUCCAAGGAAGAUAUCAUUUCAGAGGUGUAUGGUAAUAUUCCUGACGUUGAAUCCUCAAUUCAUCCCAAACCUUUUCUUAAUGUCCUUCAAGUAAGUGGCUGUAAGGAUGUUGAAGUGGUGUUUGAGAUAGAGAGUUCCAGUAGCAGCAGCAGCAGCAACACAGAUUUCACAACAACUCUGCAUAAAUAUAAUCAUCAACCACCACUACUACUUCCCCACCUCAAGUCUUUAUAUUUAAUAAAUAUGGAGAGGAUGAGUGAUGUGUGGAAGUGCAAUUGGAAGAAACUUCUAAUUCCUCAAAACCAAUCACAAUCCUACUCAUUCCACAACCUCACACACAUAUCCAUGUACAGAUGCAAAAUCAUAAAGUACUUAUUUUCACCUGUCAUGGGCAAACUUCUUCCCAACUUAAAGGAGGUCUGGAUAAGGAGGUGUGAUGGUAUUGAAGAAGUUGUUUCAAAAAGAGAUAUUAAUGAUGAAAAUGAAGAAAUAAUAUCUUCUACUCACACAAACACCAUCUCCUCCUUCCCUCUACUUCAAAGUCUCUACCUUAGAGAUCUGCCAUGCCUGAAGAGUAUCGAUGGCGGUACUACGAUCACAACUACUUCCAUCAAUGACCAGUUCAGGGUUAUUAAAGAGAUUUAUAGAUCACAGGGUUGUAAAACAUAUCAAAUGCAUUUGUUAUCCAAUUUCACUGAAACUAAGUUACAUACAUGGUCAAUUUUGGACCAGAUUGUGAAGGAGAGAAAAAUUAUUGAAAUGAUGUUUGUUAUUCAUUUCAACAGUAUUGAUAAUUUUUGGUAG